AUGAUGGCGGCAGCCAAACCUAUAAUACAGAAAAUCUCACCUAUCCCAGUCCCACCAUUCCUACUCGACGACAAAAUUUACGACACCCUCGCAGAAGCUCCUUCCUUAGAUAUGAACGUCGCGCGGCCUCAACCAUCCUGGACAUUCGCAAGAAAACAUCCUAGUGGUCGCAAAAUGCCCCAGGCAAUCGCCCACCGAGGGUACAAAGCCAAACAUCCAGAGAACACCAUGGGCGCUUUUCGAGGUGCGAUUAAAGCCAAGGCCCACGCGAUGGAGACGGAUAUACACUUGACCAAGGACGACGUUGUAGUGUUAUCUCAUGACGCAACCCUCAAGCGAUGUUUUGGCAAAGACGAAAAGAUCAUAGACUGCUCCUGGGACUACAUAAGCCAACAGCGAACGCUCGCAGCACCUCACGAACCGAUGCCUAGAUUCAAAGAUCUACUCGAAUUUCUGGCUUCUCCCGGAUCGGAGAAUGUCUGGCUUCUGUUAGACAUAAAGCUCGACAACGACGCCGAGAACGUCAUGCGCCUCAUCGCGGAAACCGUUCAAUCCGUCCCCCCACAUCCCCUCAAACCCUGGAAUCAGCGCCUGGUCCUCGGCUGCUGGGCCGUCAAGUUCCUUCCUCUCUGCGCGGAACACCUGCCCACCUUUCCCAUAACGCAUAUCGGUUUCUCCAUACCGUACGCGCGCAAAUUUCUCUCAGUCCCGAACGUUUCCUUCAACAUGCUACAAAAGACCCUCAUGUUGCCAUUCUUUGGAGCACGCUUCAUUCGCGAUGUGAAAGCGAAAGGGAGGCCGUUGUACUUCUGGACGGUCAACGAGGAGGACAUGAUGAGGUGGAGUAUCAACAAGGAAGUUGACGGUGUGAUUACGGAUGACCCAAAGCGGUUCUUGGAGGUCUGUGACGAGUGGGAGCAAGGGAAGAGGAAAAUCAACAUCUCGUGGAGCCAGUGGAUGAUGGCCGCCUGGAUCAAUUUUAUGGUGCUUGUUUUUGGGACGAUAUUUUGGUGGAAGUAUAGUAGUAGUACGGGCAAGGGAAAACCCACGCAGAGUAAGGCGGUGGAGGAGGGAGCACGAUGA